AUGCGGAUCCGACGCUUGCCAAAAGCAACACUUCUUCUGGCCUGGGGCCUGCUUUUAAAUCAUGUUGAUGGAGCGGACGUCCUAAAAAACAAUGGCUUCACCACAUGUUUGGGCAACUCUGAUAUCAGGGUCGAUAGAAUUAAUCUUGAGUUCGACCGUGCCACGAAUAGCUUCAAAUUCGAUGUGGCAGGGAGCAGCAACAAGUCACAAAGUGUGAUGGCAGUGUUGGCUAUUGAAGCCUAUGGCCAACGGUUCACACAAGAUUUCAACCCAUGCUCCGAGAAAACCAAAGUCGAGCAACUUUGCCCUGUUCCCGCGGGACAGUUUUCGGCUAUUGGAACACAGAAAAUACCCUCAGAUUUCGCGAGUAAAAUUCCAUCCAUCGCAUUCGCUGUCCCCGAUCUCCAGGCCGAUGCAACCCUGCAGCUAAAGGCAAUUGACGGAGGCCAAACCCUUGCCUGCAUCAGCUCCAAGGUAGGCAAUGGAAAAACAUUGGAAGCUCCCGCUGUAUCAUAUGCUGCUGCCGGAAUUGCAGCGGCCGCGUUAGCUCUGUCUGGUGCAGCAGCUUUAGCGGCGAGUGGGAAUCCAGGAGCGGCUACGUCAAGUCCAACCUUUGGAGAGGUCGUUGGGUGGUUUCAGACUAUGGCAACCUGUGGCAUGCUGAGCGUCAACUAUCCGCCAAUGUACCGCAGCUUCACCAAAAACUUCGCCUUCAGCACUGGCUUAAUUCCCUGGAACCAGAUGCAGAUCGCGAUUGAUAAUUUCAGGAACAAGACCGGAGGAAAUUUGACACAUAACAAUUUUCCCUUCCUUCAAAAUGCCACACUCAUAUUCCAAGACGGUUCAAAUAGUUCUAGCCUUGGAAAACGUUCUCUGGACUCUACUUUCCGUUCUACACAUCUUGUUGCGCGAGAGAUAACCACUUCCAUCAACGAAACAUCCACUGGCGGCAGCGGUGAGAGUGACGAGGGUGGCUUGAAUCAUGUUGUCAAGGGAAUCCAAGGAUAUGUCGAAAUGCUCUCAGUUCCCGAAGCUAAUACGUUCAUGACGGUGUUGUUAAUAUUCGCUGUUGUCGUUGCGGCUAUUGCAACUGGAAUUUUACUCUUUAAGGUUAUUUUGGAGGUCUGGGCGAUGUUCACAUCUUUCCCGAAGAAACUGUCAAAUUUCCGUAAGGAUUAUUGGGGUAUAAUUGCGAGAACAAUCACCAACUUGAUUCUCAUAUUAUACGGCAUAUUUACCCUCUACUGCGUCUUCCAGUUCACUAGAGGCGACUCGUGGGCGGCCAAAAUCCUCGCAGGCGUCACUCUUGCAAUUUUUACCGCGGUUCUUGCGUUCUUUACAUUCAAAAUAUGGAGAAUAGCUCGAAAAUAUAAACAGGUGGACGGUACCGCCGCCGCACUGUACGAGGACCAUGAAACGUGGCGGAAGUAUAGCCUUUUCUACGACAACUACAAAAAGGGAUACUGGUGGAUUUUUGUCCCCACCAUUAUCUACAUGCUCGUGAGAGGUUGCAUCAUUGCUGGAGGCGACGGGAACGGACUGGCUCAGACCGCUGGCCAACUUGUUGUGGAGGCAGUAAUGCUUAUUCUCCUUCUCUGGUCGAGACCCUACGAGGCAAAAUCUGGCCAGUGGAUCAAUAUAUCAAUUCAGGUCGUUCGGGUCUUGUCCGUUGUGUGCAUUCUCGUUUUCGUCCAAGAAUUGGGUGUCUCACAGACGACACAAACUAUCACUGGUGUCGUUUUAAUUACAGUUCAAUCAGCCCUCACUGGUAUCCUUGCCAUUUUGAUCGCGGUGAAUGCCAUAAUCCUUUGCUUCAGGAAGAACCCGCACAAAGCAAGGCAACGGAAAGAUCUUGAAACAAUGGACCGAGAUUUGGAUACCCUCACCCCUCUUGAUGCACGAAACUCCCUCCUGGAACGUUCAAACAGGGCCCAGCGCCAUCCCUCAACUAGAAAGGAUACCGGUUUCUUCAACCGCACCGCCCCUUACGAACCGUAUUUCAAUUCUCCCUUCCCUGAGAAGCCCCGCCACAUACACACAGAGAGUGCGGAUUCUCUCCUCUCAAAUAAUGCCAACAACAUCAACUAUAUGAACAUGCGACAGUCAAAUCAGUCGCCAUCGCCAGAAAGACAGAGCAUGCUACCAGUGGUCGGUCGAGCGUACUGA